CCCUUCGCAUCACAUGUAUUUAGCGAACCUCUCCUCUCCUUCUGCUUCUCUCUGUGUAUGCUAUCGAACCUUACCGAAGAGCUUUCCAUCGCGUCCUCAAGCCAAUCACCAAUCGCCGUUCAUAGUUCAUCGCAGAGGAGACUGAUGGGGACGGAGAGCCCGGUGAAUUUCACUUACAUGGGAAGGAGUGUCAGUGAAUCGAGUAUCGAUGAUCAUUCCUCUUCGGCUUUCAGCGAUUGCAACAGUGACAGAUCUGGUGAAUUUCCGACGGCCUCUUCCCAGAGCCGAAACCUCCUGAUUGCCUGCGCAUCAGACAAUUCCGACGAUUUUAUCGCUCGACUGGUGAACGAUCUCCAGUCCUCUUCGAUUGAGGACCAGAAGCAAGCCGCCAUGGAGAUUAGACUACUGGCCAAGAACAAGCCGGAAAACCGCCUUAAAAUAGCCGAAGCCGGCGCUAUUAAGCCGUUGAUUUCACUUAUGUCGUCGCCGGACCUUCAACUCCAAGAGUACGGCGUCACGACGAUUUUGAAUCUCUCACUGUGCGAUGAGAAUAAGGAGCUUAUAGUUUCUUCGGGAGCGAUAAAGCCUCUGGUUCGAGCACUCAACACAGGGACAUCAACGGCAAAAGAGAACGCGGCGUGUGCUCUGCUUCGCCUCUCGCAUGUAGAACAGAACAAGGUCGUAAUCGGAAGGUCGGGAGCCAUUCCCCUUCUGGUGAAACUUCUAGAGAGCGGAAGCUUCCGCGGGAAGAAGGAUGCCUCGACGGCGCUGUACUCCCUCUGUUCGGUGAAGGACAACAAAAUAAGGGCGGUGCAAGCCGGAAUAAUGAAGCCGCUAGUGGAAUUAAUGGCCGAUUUUGGAUCAAACAUGGUGGACAAGUCAGCGUACGUGUUGAGCGUACUGGUAUCGGUGCUGGAGGCGAGAGCGGCGCUGGUGGAGGAAGGAGGAAUUCCGGUGCUGGUUGAAAUCCUAGAGGUGGGGUCGCAGAGACAGAAGCAAAUAUCAGCGGUUAUACUAUCACAGAUUUGCGAGGACAACGCGGCCUACCGUACUAUGGUGGCACGCGAAGGAGCAAUACCACCGCUGGUGGCUCUGUCGCAGUCCGGCGCCGGCAGCUCCAAGCAUAAGGCGGAGACACUAAUAGAGCUUCUGAGGCAACCAAGACCCGGCAACGCCGCUAUCAGUGCGCCGGGGGUCUCAGCAUAAGCCCCACCGCAAAUCGUGGCCAUCGAGAGGAAGAAGAAGAAAUGAUGUUGUAAAUGUGUUUGAUACGGUAAAGCGUUGUAAAAUUUGUGAUAAAAUGAAAAUGAGUUUGGUUUUGUUUAUUUGUGGGCGAGGACAAUUACGCUCCUCCACCAGCUCGGUUUGUUGUGACUAGUUAGCGGUAUGCAGUUCCAGAGCCGUCCUUUUUGCUCCUGUUGGUGCUGUUGGCGUAAUAAAUAUGCAACAUACUCACUUUUAUUUGUU